UUGAGGCCGCCCUUAAAUGCGUCACCAGGCCUACUGUCUCAGCAUUAUGACUCGCCCGAAAAAGGGUUGUCUUAAAAGGUGGCAAGGGAACUGUGGGAUGUGUUUUUGUUUAUUUUAGUGGGAUUUCGGAGUCCUCCUCAGCAGGUGUUUCAUGACAGCUGUCCUGCCUUGUUGAGUUAUUGAUGCUUUUGUGCAAUAUGAAGAAUGGAAGAGGACGAUGUGACUAUCAGAGAGCAGAAUUUCCACAGCCAAGUCCGGGAGUACAUCAUUUGUUUCCUGCUGUUUGCAGUCCUCUACAUUGUAUCUUACUUCAUCAUAACCAGAUACAAGAGGAAAGCUGAUGACCACGAAGAUGAAGAUGCCUUAGUCAACAGAAUAUCACUUUACUUGUGCACCUUCACGCUGGCAGUGUCAGCAGGGGCAGUGCUGCUUCUGCCGUUUUCUAUAAUCAGUAAUGAGAUCCUGCUUUCCUUCCCCAAAAACUACUAUAUCCAGUGGCUUAACGGCUCACUAAUCCAUGGCCUGUGGAAUCUGAUGUCUUUGUUCUCCAACUUAUGUCUGUUCAUGCUAAUGCCGUUUGCCUAUUUCUUUCUGGAGUCAGAAGGAUUUGCUGGAUCAAAAAAGGGCAUUAAAGCUCGAAUUUUGGAAACCUUUGUGAUGCUGUUCCUGCUUGGGUUGCUUAUUUUGGGAAUUGUGUGGGUAGCUUCAGCACUGAUCGACAAUGACGCAGCCAGUAUGGAAUCAUUAUAUGACCUUUGGGAGUUCUACUUGCCCUAUUUAUAUUCCUGUAUUUCAUUAAUGGGAGGAUUACUGCUUCUGUUAUGCACACCAGUGGGUCUUUCCCGGAUGUUUACAGUUGUGGGGCAGUUGCUUGUUAAACCAACAAUCCUGGAGGACCUGGAUGAGCAAAUUUAUUGCAUCCACUUGCAAGAGGAAGCACUUCAAAGGCGAUUAAAUGGGAUGUUAUCUCAUUCUCAAUGUAGCACUCUUCAUGUGGACAAGGAGUUGGACAAUGUCAGGAGCCUGAAAAAUAAACUAGAGAGGCGGAAAAAGGCUUCUGCAUGGGAGAAGAACUUAGUGUACCCCAUUGUCAUGUUAAUACUUCUGGCUGGAACAACAAUCUCCGUUCUUCUUGUUGCAUUUAAUAUCCUCUAUUUGUUAGUGGAUGAAACAGCAAUGCCAAAGGGAUCAAAGGAACGGGGCAUAGGAAGUGCAUCCCUGUCUACAUUUGGUUGUGUGGGAGCAGCACUUGAGAUCAUUCUGAUGUUCUAUCUAAUGGUGUCCUCAGUCGUCGGCUUCUAUAGCCUGCGCUUCUUUGAAGGCCUCACUCCCAGGAAAGACGACACAACCAUGACAACGAUCAUCGGGUGUUGCGUGUCCAUCCUGGUGCUUAGUUCUGCUCUUCCAGUGAUGUCAAGAACACUGGGGAUAACAAGGUUUGAUCUUCUGGGAGAUUUUGGGAGGUUUAAUUGGCUGGGAAACUUCUACAUUGUCCUGUCAUACAACCUGCUGUUUGCUGUGGUGACGACUCUGUGUCUGGUCAGAAAGUUCACCUCGGCAGUUCGUGAAGAGCUUCUUAAAGCUUUAGGCUUAGAUAAAUUACACCUUUCAAACAGCACCAGGGACCCAGAGACGGCCAAGCAUUCUGCAAAUGGGCAUCAGAAAUCACUGUGAAGAAGAGAUACACCGGUAAUAAACCGCGCCUGAAAAGAAAGCUUCUGCCUCACGACAUUCCAUAAUUCCCUUCGCAGGCUGAUGAAUGUCAGGGAAUUGAGAUGAGGCCUGAGCCAGUGUGCCAUUGAUUUGCCAUUGUGUGAUGACAAAUCAAGUUCCUACGUGGCAUUAACCCUUUGCAGACUGCCUGAUUUUAAAAAGAAGGACAAAAAUUACAGUAGAUUUAUUUUAUAAAUACAUCAGAGCAAUUCAGAACCACCUUCAUUUGAAAUAUCAGGCUCAAGACGGCUCGGGUGACUUCGUUUAUGGGUUGUAAAUCCAAUACGAGUAAUACCACUCGGUCAGCUUCAGCUUAUCAUCUACCACCAACUCACUGGGCUUCUUAUUUCAACUUUUUUCUUUUCAUAAAACCAGAUUUCUGUUGUUUGGGAUUGCCUUGUGUUUUUGACCACUUGUUUUUUGUUUAAUUUGUGUAUGUUAUUUUUGGACUUUGGAAGGCCUUUUAAUAGCAGUGUUAUUACCUAUAUAUUUCUCCUACAGUUUUUUUUUUAAUUAGUUGCAAUGCAGGGGUCUGCAUCUAACCCUGUAGUCCUGCUGGAGAAAAUGCCUGACAUGAAUGAAUAUAGUGACAAAGCAGAUUUCAACUUGGCCACGCAUCUGGGUGUUGUCUACACAUUCAUGGUCCAUGAAAAUUGGGAGAAUAAUUUACAGUCUGGUAUAUAAAAUUAAUUUUGGUAAUCUGAAUUAGUGGUAGUGUGUAUGGCUUCUGGCAGACCAAUACCCAGGCACUAUAUCAGGAAUUUUUUGUAUGAAGGGAUUUAGGAUUUAUAACAUACUUGAUCAACUGUGGUCCUUGAGGACAGCAUUCCACUAGGUUUAGUUAAUACAGGGAACUCGGGUUUACCUGGUCAGAUUAAGUUCUGAAUGAGUUAUAUUACAUAUUUUUGAAAGAAAGACUGACAUUUGUCUGUGUUAUCUUUGAGAACUGGAGAUUUUUUUUUAAGAGUAAAAUGCUGUCCUCUUGUUCUGCAGAAAAUGUAAUUAUUCUUGACUUCCAAUCCUAACGCCUUGCAGUGGUCUGAAAAAAAAAAUGGAACGAAGGACUUGCAGCUUUUUUUAGUUCAUCUGUGACUGCUCAGAGCAGCUUAUGAAAACUACUAGGUUACACGAUGGGCACGACCUUUCUUAGAAAACGUCGCUGUAUAUCUGCUGUACUUAAACUGUUGAUAGUGGACAGUUAACACCUAUAUCGGGGGGAAAAAACAAACAGUAAUAGUGAUAUUUGGUAUUUGGAUGAAAUCGCUUUAGUUUCUCGGUGGUUUUCACAUCAUAUUUAUCAGCUCUAAAAUGAAACUGUGAAUGCUCUCCGCUUGCACACUUUAGGAAGAGCACGUAUAUUAUCAUUUUCUCUGCAGAAAAAAACCCCAACCAGAAUAGCAUGCUCGGCCAGGCUGAGAGUCUUCCUGAUGGCGACGUGUAGGAGACAGUCCAUUUUAUAGAUUAAAGCCAGAGUGCCGUGCAAAAGUCAGUGCAGCAGGCGUGCACCUGCUCUAGGGAAUAAGAGCGCUAAUGACAGAUUCAGUCUGAAAAUUGAUGAUGUUGCUCUGGCAUCAGACAAGCUAUUCUAAGUAGAGCGGUGGUUGGCAAAGCUGUACUACUGAUUAAUGCCUUGGAGUCCAAAUCAGGUGACUUGAAAAGCUGCUUGUUGGUUGAAGGGGACUUUUCUGCUUAGAAAGUAUUGUUCUGGCGGUGGGGCGGCAUAUACUAUCAGAGGUGCAUUGUUGCAGAUUUUUUUUCAUUUCAUUUCAACAUUCUCUCCUGAUCAAGACCGUGUAACCUGAGCUUUUCAUAUCCGCUUCAGUUUUUUAAACGGGAAGCAAAUCCAAUGUGAAUCUGUAGUGUGAAAUCAUAAGACAUUAUUGUGAUUUCAUUAUGAAGCUUAUUUUUUCCUGAAAUCAAAGGGAAAAGGAGGCUUGAGCUGUCAAGAUCCAGAUGAUUACCUCACAGAAUCAAUGGGCGGUAAAUGGUAUCAUCUCUGUACAAUACCUUCCUGGGGAAGGAGGUUGGGAUCUUUCCUUAAAAAAGGAAAUGAAUGGGUUUCUUAGACUUUAAUGGCCAUGCUGCAGAAUAGGGGCACAUUUUCCUGAAGAACAACUGAUACGAGUACUACAUCUGUUCACCGUUUAUUUCACUGAUUUUUGAAUUUUUCAAGUGCUUUCAUAGUUUGGAAUGUGGUCGUGUUCCGAUUGAAAAGUACUCAAGGUCAAUAGGUGUGCACCUUUAAUGUGCUAUUGAGAGCUCGGCCAUGCAAACUUCAUUGGAGCCUCGGUGCUGUUCAUUCUCUCAGCUGCAUCAAACGCAGCAUUGCGGAGGGAUCUGUAACUCGUCUCGCCACACGUCUCUGAGAGUCACAGGCCACAAAUAGCCCGCAGCAACUAAUUUUCUCAUUAAUUAAUCAAUAAAGCUCCCCCACCACCACUGACGUAGAAUUCUUUCAUUUUUCCGUAUAUCACUAAGAAAAAAACACUUUCCAGUUUAAUUUGAGGUUGUUUGAGUCAUCAUAAUAGGUAUUCAAAGACUCCGGGUGGUUUGUGCAGAUUGUGAAAGUAAUAUUUGAACUUUGGGGGGGUGAUUUUAUCCCCUGUAGUUCAUACACUUACCAGCCACGGUGUAAAAAGAAACCCUCCAGAAAAUGUAGAUUGUGACUAAAUUCAUCUUAGUUUUUAUCUCAAUUAGGUGUAAAACCUUUCAGGCAAAGGGAUGCCUGCUCUUAUAUAGCUCAUAUAACUGAUAUAGAAAGCUGAAGCCUCUCGGCUAAAAACAUAGAACCUGAGAAAGUUUAAAAUGUUGUGACACUGUAAUGUUCUCAAAUGUGAUUAAAAAAGAAAAUGUAUAGAAUACAUUCAGUGCGUUCUUUACUUAGAAUGUUUUUUAUCCUCUGCUGAACUGUAUAUUUUCUGCAUUUGAAAGAUUUCUUGUUUUUUUUAAUUGGCACAGCAUUGAAGUUGUUACAAAGGGACGAUCACCUUCUGGCUUUAAAAGGGGUUGUUUUGACGUGUCUUUCCACGAUGAUGUACAUUUGUCUUCCCCAAUUUUACUAACUGGAAAUAUAUUAGACGAUAGAAUCUCUUGAUCCAUCAGUGGACAGCUUCCAGAUUUUGCCCCAUCUCUGGAAACAGACAGACAGAGAAAGAGCAGUUGCCCCUGUAUCAUCAAAAUUGUAAUUCGCUUGUAUUGAAAUCUAGUUAUUCCCAUUUCAAUCUAAAAAGAAAUGUACAGACUUUUCAUUAGUUUCUUUUUUGCCCUUUUAACUCUUUGUUAGAGUAUACAUUUUUUCAUUUAAAUGGAAAGGUUUAGGCCCAUCAGAUUCCAGAAACGGUGCUUGACGAUGAGCUCCUUCUGGCAAGCAGAAAGCAGCCGUCAAGCUGCAGUGCCGGAAUGUUCCAGUGACAGGUUGUUCAAAGUUUUAAUUUAAUCCAGGCCUGUGCCUGGUGACAAAUGUGUUGCUGCAUCUUUUUCAGACACUGUUCAUUCAUACUGAAAUCUUUGUUCCCAUUUUCUUUAGACGUGCCAGUGAUGGAACAAUUCAAUUUGGGAAAACUUUUAUCGGAAUACAAGAUAUACCUCUUAGAGGGGUUUGAAGCUUUGACUCUGUAAUGUGGUUUCUGUGUCCCUCCAACAUAAGAGUUCUUAUAUUAGAGGGGCAUAAGUUCUUAGUAGUGUUUCUCUUGGGUGAAACUAGAAACAGGCCCCUCUGAAUGCUUAGAAAUAUUCAUGAUAUUGUACAUAACAUAUUUUGUCUGUGUAGAUAAUACUUAGUCUGUCUGAUCUUUUUUUGUUGUUUUUGUUCUUUUUGCUUUGUGCAGAUUGUCUGCACUGGGCUAUUGCGUUCAGUUUAUGAAGUAUUCUCAUUGUAGUUAAGACAAUAGGUUUCUCUGUUGCAGCACUGUUCUUUUUGUAUUUCACCUCUGUUUGCCUUAUGAGGAGGAGGACACAAACAAUCUUGUUUGUUCUAAAGUUUCCUAUCGUCCUGUGGGGAUGUGUGUGUGUGUGUGUGUGUCUGUCUGUCUGGAGUGUGUGAUUUCGUUUGUGCACUUGUGCAUUUUUGUGCACACUUUUUUUCACUGUGAAAGCUUUUGUCUCCAAUUAACAGCAACAUUGGUAAUGGGCUCCCUCAGAAAAUUAUCUAAGGUGUUUAAGAAGGUUUGGGUGAAGCAUUUUAAGGGCAAAAGGUACAGUAAGGCAUUUGAAUAAGUUGGAUAAAGAGAAGCUUUGAGAAUAAUUCUUGGGACAGACCUGGAUGUUAGACAGGUGAAACACAUACAGUAGAAACCUUCUUGGAAUUUCUUAAACAACAAUGCAAAAGAAAUUGCAAGUUUGGAGAAAAUACUGAAAAAUAUGUGUUAACAUAAUAAGGCAGUAAAACUUUUAUGACAAGCUCUUGGUGUUUUCUCUAUUUGUGUAGUAAAACCUAGGUUAUGCCCUAGACAUCUUAACAUACUUUAAAACACAAUCAUCAACUGCAUGGAUUACAUUGUUUUAGUCAUCAAAGUCUUACAAGAGCAACAACAUGCAAGGAAUGAGAUGUUUAUUACUCAUAUCCUAAUUUUUACUGCUUUGACUGGAUUUGCCCACUCCUUAAAAUAAAAGCUUCAUCAGUCGGCAAAGCUGCCGACAGUGGUAGCAGCUCAAUAUGUUUUUACGCAAGGAGAGGCAGCAAGUGUUCAUCAUUCUGGAUUCAAAGUUUUUUUUUAUCCUUUGUUUGGACUUUUUCAAAAAUAAGUUAUGCGCUGUCUGCUAUAUUGCGUUUGUCAGUUAUGCAUACUUUAAUAUAAAGACCUCCAUUGAAAAUUCUGAACUCAGCCAUGUGGGAUCACCCAUGAUUUUUUUUUCAAUGGUUGCACUAGAAGUCGUGACAAUGUUCUUUGCUUAAAUUCUAAAAUUAUCGCUAAAUUUGGGUCAUCCAGACUAAAAUGUAAUUGAUUUCAGAAGAAUUCUAUCCUUUUUGAAAAAAGAAAUUUGAGUAAUGAAAUUGCUUGUAAUAAGGUAUUUAAAAACGAUUCAGUUAAUACUGACCCUUUGUACAGACUAGAAUUGUAUAACACACAUGAUUUGGGUCGUUGUACUGUGCAGUAUUUUAUAUUGGAGUGUGCAUACCGUGGAAAAGUUGAAUUGUGUUAGCAACAUGCUCUGUGAUUCAUUACAAUUUAUACAUUUAGUGACUGUUGAUGAUGUUAAAAAUAACCAAAAUUCAGGUCUUGUAAGCAGUUUUUUUCCCCCCGUUUACACUUCAUACACAUAAUGUUAAUUGAAGCUUUUUAUUUUAAGGAAGUCCCAUGAACUCUCUUUGAAGUUCUUUAUGGAGGUAGGGGGAUUGCAGAAGAGGUCAAAAUUCAGUCCUGUAUGAUGUCAAACGGUAGAGUUCAAGAGUCAUUGAUUUGCAGAAUUUCCAUAAUUAUACUGGUUACCAUUUGAAAAUUUAAUAUAAGCAUACGACAUAAAAGGUGUUUUGUGCUAUGUGUAGAUUUAUUAGUAUUUGGUAAAACAAUUAGUGCCAUGCCGUUUCAUAUUUUAUGUGUGCAGUACACAUUUAAUACAGUGAAGUUUGUGGAUAUAAUCAAUUUUGGCUUCUAAAGUUGCCAAAUCCCAAACUUUACAAACUAGUUAUUUGGCUAAGAUACUGUGAAAAAUAAGAUUGACAAAAACUGAUUCCAUUCCAUUACAAGAACAUCCCUAGGUAUUUAUUAACUGUUCCUGCAACUUUAGCACUUUCAAUCUUAAGAGUGAAGCUAAACCUGUAUAGAAAUAACAUGUAAGAAAACCUUUCAUAUCAGGAUUCAUAUCAGAUUCAAAGUUCCACAUACAAUGAAGAAUAUAUUAAGCAGUAUUUAUACGUCUUUUAUUUUUAACAAGUGGUUUCACAGAAUUUUCAUAGGAGUCUGAGGAUCUAAGGAUGUAUACAAUAAUAACAAAACAACAAGACAAAAUAUUUCUGUUAAUGAAGAUCACAUAGUAAAUGGACAAUUUUGACCAUUGUCAUUCAUUUUUCCCCAUUUAGGUAAUGAAAAACAGGGUGCAUUUCAUAAUGAACAGUUUUGGUUGCCUUACAGUAUUGUCAAUACAAUUGAAUUUAGAUGUCAAGGAACAGCCUGUUUACAAAGCAGCUGUUGAUGUUUGUUCCUGCAUGUUACAUGUGCAAAGUAUGUGAAUGUAAUUUUUAUAAUAUUCAUUUCUUAGUUGCUAUGUUUUUUUAUUUUAUUUUGGCUAAUUUGUGAAUACAUGUAUUAGUUUACUUUGUGUAUUUUUCAGUUUACAAUAAAGUUGCUGAAUUGUGAA